GGGGAAGGUUCUUUGUAUCAAAAUUUGAAGCCAUAAACAUGGGACUAAAAGAUAUCCACUUUAAGCUUAAGGCGUUUAAGCUAAGAAGAUUUAGGUUUGGUGAUGGUGGGAGCAAGAAAAGAGAGAAUGGGGUUAAGAAGAAGCCUUCAUGGAUGAUGCCAAUCUCUCAUGGCUACCAUGUGGUAGAAAAUAAGUCGGUGAGAGGCGGCUCCGAUGAGCCGGAUUUCGAUACGGUGGUGGUUCAAAGGGAGCAAUUUGAUGAACUUGAGUUAUGGUUCUUUGGAGUUUUUGAUCCUAGGAUUGGUGAUGGAGUUACCAAGUAUAUUCAAUCUCAUUUCUUUGAUAAGAAGCCUAAACAGUCUCAAAUAAACAAGAAGACCAAAGAGAUAAUGAAGAAGGCAUAUCUGGGAGCAAGAGCAAAGGCAAGGGAGGCACAAAAAAAAGACGAGACGUUCCAAACCGAGUCGGCAUCUGCGAUGCUUAUCAAUGGAGAAAAGCUUGUGAUGGCCAACCUAGGUGGCUAUAGAGCCGUUGUAUGUAGAAAUGGUGUGGCUCAUCAACUGAACAGCAAGCACCAUGGUGGAGCUAGAAGACAUUGGACUCGCAAACUAUUUCCAGUACGCAUAUUAGCUUGCGAUUCAAGUAAUGUAACAGCAAUACGGCACCCCAGAAGCUCGGAACUUGUUGUCGGGGCCGAAAAGCUCAAUGCCGAGACCGAAUUCAUCAUUAUAGCAAGCACUGGAAUCUGGGAGGUGAUGAAAAAUCAAGAAGCUGUGAAUCUCAUCAGGCAUUUAGAGGAUCCACAACAAGCAGCCGAGUGCUUAACAAAGGAGGCUUUAACAAGAAUGAGCAAAAGCAAUAUAUCAUGUGUCAUCAUUCGUUUUGAUUAAUACUAUUUUUGUUUUCAUCUAUAGUUUGGGUAUCAUCCAUUAAUAUGUAUCAAUAAACCUGAGAAUUUCAAUUGAAACUUUCAAGAAA